AUGAGUUUCCUGGGUAAGCUUUUCGGUGGUAAAAAAGAAGAGAAAGGCCCAUCAACUGAAGAUGCAAUACAAAAGUUACGAACUACGGAAGAGAUGCUGAUUAAAAAACAAGAAUUUUUAGAAAAAAAAAUUGAACAGGAAGUAGCUAUAGCAAAAAAAAAUGGUACCACUAAUAAACGAGGUAUAUACAAAUCCUUAAAUAUAAUGUGACAUAUGUUAAAUGUACUAUAUAUUUUCUUAUCGGUUUUUAGCUGCAUUGCAAGCAUUGAAACGUAAGAAACGUUAUGAACAACAAUUAGCGCAAAUUGAUGGUACUAUGUUAACUAUUGAACAACAACGAGAAGCAUUAGAAGGUGCAAACACAAACAAUGCUGUAUUAACUACAAUGAAAACGGCAGCAGACGCACUUAAAACGGCACAUCAAAAUAUGUAAGUUAUGCAUUACAAAUUUGUCUACUUACAUAGGUAGGUACAAUAAUAAUACAUGCAAUUUUAAAUUCUCAUUUUACACUUACAUUUUAAACAACUAUAAUGAGAAAAUAGAGUAUUUUCUAUUAUUUUUCUUCUACCUAUUUUCGUUGAUGGUUUUUUAUUUUUUAAUCUCUAACUUCAAUACAUACCUACUAAAAAUAAUUGGUUUUAAUAACAUAAAAAAAAGUAAAUUGACUUAUAAUUGAUAGUUUUAGGCUAAGUAUAUACAUUCCUAUUUGUAUGUUAUCAAUUUUAGAUGUUUGUAAAUAUAAAUAUAUUAUCAUUGAUAUAGAUAAUAGUUAUGUUUUGGAGUUAUUAAAUUACAUUAAAGAGUUAAACAUUCAUUCUAAAAUGAAAAACAAUAAUUAUUAGCUUAAAUGAGAUCAUAUUUUUAUUUAUACAAUUCAGAUUAGCCGGUAUCUAAUAGUUUAACAAAUUUGUUGAGCUUUAUAUGUAAUUUAUUGUUUUUAUUAUUUAUGCUAUUUUCAUUCCGAUAUUUAUAUAUUCAUUGAGUAUCAGUUUAGUUUCUUUUUUUAAUAGGUAAAUUUAAGCUAAAUAUUUAAUUUUGCAUGUAUAUAUAAUUUACAUGUGUAUUAAGUAAUUAAACUUUUGAUACUAUUCAUUAAAUACCAACAUUUUUUUGUUAACUAACUAAUUUUAAUAUAGGAAUGUUGAUGAUGUUCAUAAUAUGAUGGAUGAUAUAGCAGAAAGCCAAGACUUAUCAAAAGAAAUAUCAGAAGCCAUUUCAAAUCCUGUAGCAUUUGGAACUGAUGUAGAUGAGGUAGAAUACACAUUGUUUUUUUACAUAAUUUAACUACAUACCAUUUAUUAAUAUUGAAUACUUUAAUACUUUUCAACAUACAAUAUAUAUUAUGUAAACUAUUUAUUAACAUUAUAUUAGACUAUAUUAGAGGGAAAGGGGUAAGAGAAUAGUUUUUUUAAAAUAAUAUAUAAUUUCAUAUAAUUAAUACAACUAUAAAAAUAUGAAAUAGAUAACUAGACAAGAGAAACAUUGUUUUCAUAAAUAAUUCAAUGGCGAUUAAAAAAGGCAUCAUUGAAGCACAGAUGAUUAAGAUGCAUAUUAUUCAUAAGUUAUAACUAGGGUUGUGAAUUUACUAUAAAACGUUAAAAAAAAAAAUUGUAAAAUGCAAUUUAAAUGAGUUAUAACAUUUUUAAAAAUGCAGUUUAAAAUUCAAUGGAAUCUUACUUUGAAAUUCACUACUGAUAUAUCUCAAUUAAUUUUCACCCUAACCUAUCUAAUUGUGAGAAUCAAACGUAAUUACAUAUUAUUUAUUUGUAUGUAGCUUGUAUAAAUUAAAAUAAAUAUGUCAUUCAUGUAAAAAUAUUUUAAAACAUAAUUAUCUACUAGUAAAAUUACUGAAGGAAAAAAUACCUUAAAAAUUGAAAAUGACAAAAAUGUAAAAUUAAAGUUCCACAAUUUUAUUGAAAAUUUUGUCUCAAAGUUUGAACCAUGUUUUUUGUUAAGAAAGAUACUAAUUAGCUAAAAAUAUGCACAUUCCUAAAAAUUCACUGCCUUAGCCAUAACUCUAACACUGUUAUUAGAGAUUAUUAUAUUAAUUCAAUUUUAGAUUCUGAGUGAAGCAAGGGAUCCAUUGGUUUUACUAUGAUAUUUAUGUAUUUUUUAUUUUCUAACAAUGGUGAUAUGCCAGAAGUAUCUAUCAACAAAUAAUAUAUCUUAAUAUUAAAUACUAUCACAUACCUGUAUCCCUUUUAUGUACACUUUAUAAUACUCUUUAUCAUAAAUUUAACUACCUUUUUCUAUAUUUUUACUCUAUUACACAGUGAUUAAGUGUUGUGUUCAGAUAUAAAUUAAAUUUCCAUCUAUAUCCUAUUAUCCCAACUUCCCACCUACAAUAAUAGCAGCACCCAUUCUUAGUAUCAGUUUUUUUUUCACCUUAUGUAUAGAUUAUAUAUUUAAAUAUAGAUACAGUAAAACAUUCAGUUUUCUCUAUAGUGAUUAUUUGUUUCUUCACUUAAUAUUUUUAAUGUAUCUAUGUAAAAUGUAAAAACACUAAACCCCGUCAGACAAAGAUCCUAUGUUUAUUCUUAGCUAUGGCAAAAUAUUGAAAAUGUACAGUUAACAUAAUACAAUUUAAAUUAUUAAUUAUAUUAUUACUUAAAUAGGAUGAAUUACAAAAGGAAUUGGAAGAACUAGAACAAGAAGAAUUGGAUAAAGAAUUGUUGAACACUGGCAAUACACCAGUUACAGAUUUGCCUACACCAGCAGUGCCAGCAUCCGAGCCCAGUGGCAGAGGCAAAGGUAUUGUUGUACAAUUAUUAUGUAUAAUUAUGUAUUUAUAUAUAUUAUAUUAAUACUGAUUUUUUAAUUUUUAGCAAAAACCAAAGUAGUAGAAGAAGAUGAUGAUGAUAUGAAAGAAUUAGCUAAUUGGGCUUCGUAA